AUGGCGGAGGACGGCCUCAACGACUACGAGCGCCUUCGCCAGGAGAACAUCCGCCGCAACCAGGAAAAGCUCGCCCCCCUCCGCCGCAAGGCCGACGAGCUCUCCGCCGCCAUCCGGCUCGCCAAACCUAAGCGGCCGUAUCAGGCCAGGCCCAAGCCCACGGCCCCGACCGGCCCCGUCCGCUCCUCCGGCCGCGCCCGCGGCGUCGCCCCCGACAACCUCCCCCCGGAUCUCAGAAGCACCCGCCUCGCGCCCUCGCUCGCCUCCUCCAUCCUCGGGGUUCCCCCGCCGGAGGGGGCCAAGGUUCGUGCGGCGGGCGAUUUCGAUGCUGGGAGGGACAUGGUGCUGAUGCCCGCGCACGCGAGGAAGGUGAUGCCCUGUUGCAUAGUGUCGAUGCGGGUCCUUCCGCUCGCCGACCGGACCGUGGUGGCGGCGGGCGACAGAAUGGGGAAUAUUGGGUACUGGGACGUCGACGGUGUCUCGGAGGAUGCAGAUGGGGUGUUCCGUUAUUGGCCACACAAGGGCCCUGUGUUAGCAAUCGUGGCGCACCAGGCGGCACCACACAAGGUUUACAGCUCUAGCCAUCAGGGUGAUAUUUGUCUUAUGGACUUUGAGGAGGAAAAGUACAGUAUCAUCCAUUUAUGGGAGUGGCCUGUUUAUUCGCUUUGUCAAGCGCAGAAUAGUGUCGGAUGCCUAUAUUUUGGUGAUGGAAAAGGUGGCCUGACACUUUCUGAUGAGCGCGUGGGUAAGGUGUUAACUACAUGGGAUGUGCAUGAGGACAGAAUCAACUCAAUAGAUUUUCAUCCGGAGAAGCCACAUAUGCUUGCUACCAGUUCAACGGAUCGAACAGCCUGUAUAUGGGAUGUGAGAAAUAUAAAAACGAAGGAGCCAGAUAGCCUGAAGGUUUUCAAACUUAACAAUUCUGCUCAGUCAGCUUAUUUCUCACCUAGUGGCCGCAUGUUAGCAGUAACAAGCUCCAGCAUUUGUGGUACUGUCCAAGUAUUUAGCAUGGAUGACUUUGAAAAGUCGCAUACUGUGGAGUAUAAUAACCAGAAAGGCUGUUGGCCUUCUAAAUCCAAGGUUAUCUGGGGCUGGAACGACACCGACCUAUAUGCUGGAAACAGAAGCAAGGGAAUAUACAUUAUCUCAGUUGAUGUCAAUGACAGUGGCCUCUCGGUUCAGAACAGCUCAUGUCUUAGGAGUGAACACAUGACAUGCAUUCCACACCAGUUUUCUGCACACCCAUAUAAAGUUGGCUAUCUUGCCUGUUCAAGCUCCAGCAGCAAUGUCUUCCUUUGGACCAGAACUUAA